AUCGACAGAAUUCACCGUACUGGACAAUUUGCUCGUGACCGGGAUCAUCGUAUUACCGUCGAAUCGACUUACCGUCGCAUCUAAUUGCGAUAAAACAUUCAUCGCGAGGACAAGAUCGAUCCGGAUAAGCGGCCAGUCCUGCUCGUCGGUUUGCCCGGCGAUUGAUUCGCACGUUCGAGCGAGUAGGACAGUGAAUCGUCGUAGUUCGCCCGGUUCGUAUCGGUUCGCGAUGUUCCAGCUGAAGACCUUCCGCGAGGUGUACAGACCGUUGCACUUCAUGAACCUGCUGAUCGGGAUGGGCUGCUUCGAGUACUCUGGGGAGAAACGCGCCUGGAAACUCGCGGAGAUCGUCUACGCGAUCGUCUACUCGAUCCUCGCCGCUUACGCUGGGUUCUACAUCCAGUCGGAGCUACUUGUUUAUUGCACUCUAACGAAGGAACUGAUGGCGUGGUUCUUAAUGUCCUUCAGGGUGAACAGUUUCCUGUCAAUUCUGUUGAUCAUCGUGACUAGAGUCAAGAUCGAGAGUCUGCGCUCAGCAAUCAAGCUGAUAGAAACCAGCGACCAGAGGAUGGAGAACAUGGGGUUGUCGAUGCACCGUUCCAUGCACUAUAAGGAACAGAUUAACCUACUCGUCGUUUGCGGUGCGGUGUUCGUCGGAUUUACCGCGACCACCUGCCAUUGGCAAUUAACGUCAACGAUGCCGAUGCACAUUAAAAUAAUCCUCGGCUCUGCCACGUACUUGCCACUGAUUUUAAUAACAACCUGUGAUGUCACCUUCUACUUCUGGAUCAGCACUCAGUCCUUUUACAAACAAUUAAUAACGAUAACUUGGACGAUCGGCGAGAAAUGCAGGUACUUGAGCAUGAAGUUCUACCAGCUGAACAGUUUGCUGAGGACCAUGCUAACAACGACGAUCGAUUCGCCGAUGCACAAACGGAUCCUGAAGUUGAUGUACGAUUUCGAGAUGAAGAGGCUCGGGAAAGAGAACAUCCACGUCGCCAACGGGAACGCGAACACAAUGAGGGCGGUAAAACAAAUUCACCUGCAAUUGAUCAAAACCGCCAGGACGAUAAACGAUUACUACGGGACUCAAGUCCUCUUUAUUACGUGCAAUGUUUUCGGCUUCCUCACAAUGUCUCUGUUCUUCGCCUACAAAAUUCUGUUCUCCGAUCUAACAAACGAGAGAUUCCAAAGCCAUUUCUCACCGCUGGCUUUGUAUGUAUUAUUUUAUAUGUCGAAGCUCGUCAUCGUGAACCACGUGUGCAUCAAAACUAGCAACGAGGCUUUGGACACUGGCGACCUUGUCUGCGAACUUUACGAGCCUUCAACAUCCAAAGAGUUUCGCGCUGAGAUUCGAGACUUCAUCCUACAGAUGAUCCAGAACCCAUUAGUGUUCACUGCUUGUGGGUUUUUUGACUUGGAUAACACAUUUAUUCACGGACUCGUGGGAACAAUCGGCACUUAUCUAGUGAUCUUGAUUCAAGUGAGUGAAAUUGAUAUAGAAGAUGACAGCGUGGCGAAUGCAACCAUGUCCACAACCACAGUUACAAUGAUUUAACGAGUUCAGAAAAAUCGAAAUCUGCC